GUGCUCAUUACCGCCGUGUGUCUACGCGGCGCUCAGUUACCGGGCGGGAUUUCCGCAAUAUCAAGUAUGGCGAAGACUUACGAUUAUUUGUUUAAACUACUGUUAAUCGGGGACUCGGGAGUUGGGAAGACCUGCGUGCUGUUCAGAUUCUCAGAGGAUGCCUUUAACUCAACGUUUAUCUCCACGAUAGGUAUUGACUUCAAGAUAAGGACGAUAGAGUUAGAUGGAAAGAAGAUCAAGUUACAGAUAUGGGACACGGCAGGACAGGAACGGUUCCGAACAAUCACAACGGCAUAUUACAGAGGGGCGAUGGGCAUCAUGCUGGUGUAUGACAUCACCAAUGAGAAAUCCUUUGACAACAUCAAGAACUGGAUCAGGAACAUAGAGGAGCAUGCAUCAGCAGACGUGGAGAAGAUGAUCCUGGGGAACAAGUGUGACAUCAAUGACAAACGGCAGGUGUCUAAAGAGCGAGGAGAGAAGCUGGCGUUAGAGUAUGGCAUCAAAUUCAUGGAGACGAGUGCGAAGGCCAACAUUAACGUGGAGAAUGCAUUUUUGACACUUGCCAGAGACAUCAAAGCAAAGAUGGACACAAAAUUGGAGGGUAACAAUCCCCAAGGCAGCAAUCACGGAGUGAAGAUCACCACCGAGCAACAGAAAAAGAGCAGCUUUUUCCGCUGUGUGCUACUGUGAAGACCAAGGCCUUACCGUCCACCAUCCUGGGGCUGGACUUAACUGGACUGUGCUCUCGUUUUUAGCACUUUCACUCUCUCUUUCCUCUCUCUCUCCCUCUCUUUUUCUUUCUCUUCCUUUCUCUUUCCCUUAAAAUAUCCCUCUGCUUCCAGCCCUAGAACAGUCGGAGUGCCCAACUCCAGUCAUCUGCUUCCACUGACAUGUUGGCGUCAUGGUUUAUUUCCCCCAGUUAUGAUGAGGAUCACACAUGCUGGGCUGGCGUCACUUGCUUCCUCAGAGUUGAAGAGCUAAGUGGUGAAACAUUUAUUAUUGAUUCACACCCAGAGGAAUAAUUCAUGUUUAUUGAGAUGUUGAAGCUCUGUCUAGAUAGAGAGCGCACAGCUGCCAAAAACCCAUUCUCUGGCAGAAGUGAGGUUCUGACAGAAAGGGGCAGUCUCCCAGACAGGGGUUAAGCCUAGUCUUGGACUGCACAGCAUUUUAAAUGGAAAUGUCCCAUUGAAAGAAAAAUAUUAAGCUGCCCUAUGAAAACCCAACAAUUAUAGAGAGUUAUUCAGGAUAUUUCUUUAGACAUUCCAUUGUUUUCUGUCCUCAUGCUGUUUUUCGACAAUCACUUGACCUCACUCUGUAUGUAAAGAGACUUGUAAUUUGCCUCUUAAAAACUUUUAUUAAUUUUGCUUGUUCUGUCUUUGUCCUCCAUAUUUUUUUCUUUUUACUUUUUACUUUGCAUUGACCAGAAUCUCUUUCCAUCAACAUUCCAUUAUAUACAUAGAUGUUUACUCAUUAAUGCAAUUAGAGCCAGUUGUACAGACAGACUAUGCUGUUUUGACUAUUUCCUAAUUAAAAUUUGAAUAGUUUCUGAUUUAACAUUCACUGAGCUGUAUCCACUGCCUCUAUGUAAUGAACCUCUUGAAAUGUCCUCAAAAUAUUGUUUCUUCCAGUCUAAAAUAUAAUAAGAGAGAUUUGACCUGGAAAAUAUGUAGAAAAUCCUCCCCAAGUCUCAGACCUUUGCACUUCAUGAUUAACCUUUGUGUUGUGAAAAUGGGGCCAACUGGUAGAAUUCUCUUGCUAUAUAACAAAUGCAUGAACACUGAUCAGCCAUGACAAUUAUCACUACUGUACAAGUGGGGGGAAAAAGUGAUGUUUGUUAAAAGAAAGCGUAAGGACGUGAGCCAAACUAGGGAAAGCCAAAUUGUGAUGACUAGACACGUCUGACUGGGUCAGGACAUCUCCAAAACAUCAGGCAAAUAUUGUGGGGUUUUAUGUGGUGUGCAAUAGUCAGUAACUUCCAAAGUGCUUCAAAAACGGACAACCAAUGGACGGGCAUCAGGGUAAAGGGCAUUUAAGGCUCACUUUUUCAAUUUAUGGUGGCUCAUGUUCCUUAGGAAUUACCCAGUAUCACCACAGUUGGUAUUAAUGUUAUGGCUGAUUUAGUGUUUUGUAUUUUGUGGUAGGGUUUCCCAGUUUCCCAUUAGCACCUUUCUCAGUGUUCAUUAAGAGCUCAUCUUAAAUGUUUAAAUAAUAGAAAGAAAGAGAGAGAGAGUUCAGUGUGGCGCUCGCUUGACCAAUCUUAUUGUGCUCAUCUGCAUUGCAGAAACCCAGCCCUGAUCUUGUUUUUUUUCCCUCAAAUUUGUCCCGUCUAGACUGACCUCCACUUUGUGUAUCAUUGACCUUGUUUACACCUAGUUUAACUACUUCAUAGCACAAGUAUCUGAAUUCUAUCCAGAUAAGAGUUUAGGAUAAUCCACAUGCAUUUACACUUGAUAAGUCAGAUUCGUCUACAGUUUGAUUGGAAUUGGAUUGAUGCAAUUAGUGGAGUACCUAAAUUUGCUUGUGGUUAUCAAAUUGUUUUGGAGGGAUGAAUACAUGUACACUCCAAUAACGUGGCUCAAAGUGUUUUGAGAGAUCAGAUUUGUAUCUGUUUUUAAAUGCAUCUAUAUGGCUAUGUUUAGUCUGUAGUCAUAUGUUGAAAUGACUGUCUGCACUGUUGAUUGCCAGUGAUUUUAAUUGGUUUUGCAUGUCUGGACAUCACAAAUGUAUCUGCUGUGGGUUGUUGUGGUAUAGAGGUCUGCGUCAGUAACUAACCUUAAUGGCGCUCUGAUUGGACCCCCACACUUCCCUUACUCUAGAUUUGGUGAGGUGGUUGUUUGUUGCGUUGAGCGAAAUGUAUAAAAAUGCAUUGAAAUCUAAUUUGGAUGAUGUUCUUCCAGACUGAGACUCAUCUGUACAAAUCAGAUUGUAUUUAUAUGUUAAGCCACGCCCACAUUUGGAAAAAUCUGAUUUCUUAUCGUUUCAGGCUGUUCAGAGUAUUAAAUACAAUCUGCAAACUAUCAAGCUGUCUGGACAUAGAGUGCAGGCCAAAAGUUUGGACACACCUUCUCUUUUUUAAUGCAUUUUCUUUAUUUUCAUGAAUAUUUACAUUGUAGAUUCUCACUGAAGGCAUGAAAACUAUGAAUGAACAGGUAAAAUAACUAAAAAAAAAAAAAUGAUAUUCUAGUUUCUUUAAAAUCGCCACCCUUUGCUCUGAUUGCUGAUUUGCACACUCUUGGCAUCAUUCUCUCAAUGAGCUGCAAGAGGUGGUCACCUAAAAUGCUUUUCCAACAGUCUUGAAGGAAGGAGAGGUGUUUAUUAGCCUUCUUCACUCUGUGCUCCAGCUCACCCCAAACCAUCUGGAUUGGGUUCAGGUCCGGGGACUGUAGAGGACAGCUCAUUUCUUGUUAAGUACAUAAAACUCCACAUGUGUUCAUUCAUAGUUUUGAUGCCUUUAGUGAGAAUCUACAAUGUAAAUAGUCAUGAAAAUAAAGAAAAUGCAUUGAAUGAGAAGGUGUGUCCAAACUUUUGGCCUGUACUGUAGCUUAAUUGGUUUGGCCUUAUCCAGAUAUUGUAAAUGAAGUGACCAGGUGUAAACAAGGUCUUUGCCAUUCUCAGUUACUACCUGCUUUAAACCAUAGGUGGCACCAUGUGCCCUGUAACUGUUGCUUGCUAAUAACCCACUGUGUGUAAAUUACCUUCAUGUGACUGGGCUAAUCUGGCCAGAGAACAGCUGAUCCACUUCACGCUUUUCUAAAUUCUGUAGUUAUGAGGAAUCUGCCCUCCUGUUUUUUGUAUAAAAGAUAAUGAAGUCACUGCACACAGCAUCUAUUUUCAUCUAUCAGUGUCACUAAUGACCAUUUUAACAGUAUGUACAGUAAUAAUCAGAUAAAGGAGCUCAGCAUCAGGUCAGGAAAACCCUUUCUUACACACCAGCGCUCACAGGUUCUGAAGGAACAAUCGCUCAUUCAUUAAGAGUCUGAAGAGAGAAGCACAGUGUUUUUCCACUUUGUUUGAGAAGUAGAGAACUUUCCCCCUUCCUUUAUGUUGCGGGUAACUCGAAAGCGGCCUUGUUUGUUCUUUAAAUAGCGAUUGAAGCUAGUCUGAAUGAGGGAAGCCACAGAGAGAGAAACGCGCAGAGAAAGCUCUCGUUUGACUCAUUUUUGACAUUUUUAACUGAACCUUUUUAUCCAGUGUUCUCCCAAAGAGUUGAGAGUUUGUGUCCAGUUUGGAUUGUCCACCUGACCAAAUGUUUCAAAUCUAUAGCCCUCUGCACCCUCACCUCUACCCCCUUCCCCUUUUCAUAUUUCCCCCUAAACAUCCUGCCAUUUGUCUUAAUUGCUAAUACUUGAUCUAUAGUUUUGGAUCUAUGCAUCAUGAAGGUGACAUUUUUGACCUCCUGUAUUUUUGCAUAUCUAUUCUCUCAUUGAGACUGCAGUAGUUUUUCUUCUCUUUUUACCCCACCUUUAGUUUGUAGCCUCUCCCUGCUGUAGCUGCCCAAACCUCUAGCUGUCUGUCCCUUUUGUGCAAUUCAGUGGCUCUCUUUGAGUAGAGUCGUGUGUGUGUGUGUAUAUA